GUUUAUAUCAAUGUGGGGUUAAGAGGAGAGAAGGGUUUUGUUCUGCUUCACUGCUCUGCUCUGUUAACCCCCAGAACAUGAUCCAACUUGAAAUGAUGGAGAUGAUGCACAACUUCAAAUGGAUACGAUGCCCCCUCUUUAAACAGGUAAUUUCUCCUCAUUCUCAUUCUCCUCGUUCUUCUAAACGAUACUCCAAAACUUCCUCAUCUCAACACACACAAACACAAACAGGACAAACCCCGUCCUCACAUCACCCACAAAUUUAAUGUGAAGCACUUCACUCAGUCCAUUACUGCCCUCUGUAAAUCGGGAAACACAAACAAGGCCUGGGAUCUCUUCCACUCCGCCCUAACUGAACGCCGUCCUCUCAAUGCCGUAUCCUUCACCGCUCUUUUAGAUGGCCUCGUAAACUCUGGUGAUCUCUGUAGAAUCAACCCCCCUCUUGCUGAAAUGAAAGAGAUGGAAAUACAUCCAGAUGUUAUCACUUAUAACACCCUCAUAAAGGCUUUGUGUAAAGGGGAUCAAAUUGAGGAAGCACUUGGGAUUUUCUACAGAAUGAGGCAAGCUCACUGUUUUCCUGAUAUUGUUACAUACAGCACCUUGAUUGAUGGGAUCUGCAAAAGAGGUAGAGUAGAUGAAGCUCUUGUUUUAUUCGCUGAGAUGAUACAAGCUGGCAUUUCUCCUGAUAUUGUCGUGUGGAGUACUCUAAUUAAUGGUCUAUGCAAGGUGGGAAGAGAAGAUGAAGCUGUAAAGUUAGUAGCUGGAAUGAAACAUAGCUACUGCUUUCCAGAUAUGGUUACAUACAGCACCCUGAUUGAUGGGAUUUGCAAAAGAGGUAGAGUAGAUGAAGCUCUUGUUUUAGUUGCUGAGAUGAUACAAGCAGGCAUUUCUCCAAAUAGUUUUACGUUCAGUACCCUAAUCAAUGGUCUCUGCAAGGUGGGCAGGGAAGGUGAAGCUCUAAGGAUAGUAGCUAGAAUGAGACACAAUUACUGCUCUCCUGAUAUUGUUACAUAUUCUACUCUGAUUGAUGGUCUUUGCAAAGUAGAAAGACUAGAUAACGCGCUAGGAUUGGUAGUUAAAUUGUUAGAUGAUGGCCAUUUUCUUGACUGCUACAUUUAUAAUAGCCUGAUAGAUGGCUUUUUCAAGGCCGGAAAAACAAACAAAGCCUACAAGCUUUCUGUACAAAUGAUGGAGUUUGGUCCUUUGCCCGAUGCAGUAACAUUUAAUGUAGUUAUUGAUGGACUGUGCAAAGAUGGCAGGAUGGACAAGGCUUGGUAUUGUUUCCAUGAUAUAUCCAAAAAAGGAUUAGAGCCAAAUGUAUUUACUUAUAAUUCUUUCAUAUGCGGCUUUUGCAAAUCACAUGAGGUGGAUAAGGCUCAAAAGUUGUUCAAAGAGAUGCUCAGGAAAGGUUGCUCCCCAAAUGUUGUUACCUACAACAUUCUAAUUGAUGGUUUGUGUCAGAAUAAAAGGGAAAAGGAAGCAUUUACACUUAUUUCCGAGAUGGAAAACAGGGGACAUCUUCCUAAUAUAAUUACAUAUAAUACACUAAUAUGUGCAUUCUGUAGAACAGAAGACAUGAACAUGGUAGGAAAGAUGUUAGAGGAGAUGGCAACAAGGGAUUUGAAACCUGAUGAAGUGACAUACAACACAGUCAUUGAUUGUCUGUGCAAGGCAGGAGAUCUUUCUAGAGCACAUUUACUCAUGAAUAGGAUGCUUGAGGAAGGCUUGACUUUUAAUGCAGUCACUUAUAGCUGUCUGAUUGAUGCCCAUUGCAAAAUUGGUGAAAUAGAUAAGGCCUUGAAGUAUUUUUCAAACAUGGAAGUGGAUGGUAUUUCUCCAACUGUUGCAACCUAUAAUAAAUUGAUUGAUUUUUUCUGCAAGGAAAACAAACUUGACAUGGCUUUCUCAAUGCGGAAUGAGAUGAAAACAAAGGAUUUGGUUCCAGAUGUUUUCACAUACAAUAUAUUAUUCUGUGCCUUAAAGCGAAGACAUGAUCUUGUAAAAGCGAAGAAAGAAGGCUGUGCUCCAAGUGAUGCAAUUGUCAGGACACUUCGCUGGCUGGUUGAUGUUGGUGAAAUGAAACAAUUAAGUGACUUUGUAAAUGAUGAUUCUUUUAUUAUUUCUGAAUGAGCAUAACUCUCAUGCCUUGGUAAGUGCUAGCAAAUAAAAAUCGAUCUUGAAUUUAUAUUU